AACACCAUUGCACACACACACACACACAUAUAUAUAUAUACAUAUAUAUACACGAGAUUCCUACGAUCGUGAAAAAGACGGACAGAUGUAUUCCUCUUUUCUACAAUACUGUCAAUUAGCGCGUGUGUAUAUAAUAGUUAUAUAUAUAUACGAUGUAUAAAUAUGUGUGAAAGGAAUUUCACACUCAAAAGACAAAUAACAUACCAUCGGCGUCACGUCUGAUCACACACACACAUAUAUACACAUACGCUUCUUAGAAUUAUAAAAGCAGGCAAAUUUGUUAUGACAGAUAUCUAGUCGUAGACUCUCUAAUAUGUAAGUUUCACUUCCACGUUUAACAUAAACGCUAUAAAUUUACAAGAGUACAAAAACGGCUGAAUAAUUUGAGGGAGACAAGACGAAUGUUGCGUUGGAUCCUACAAAUAUUGCUGAUACGAUAUCAAUGUUGCGAAAUAAAAUUACAUUCCCUUGAACUCGAAGAUCAUUGCGUUGAUGAAAGCUUCGGAAGGAACGCUCGAGUGGACGAAUACAUAGAUACGCCAGCAACAUUCCGACUGUCAAUCGAUUGAGUCAUGGCGCUGCAACAACGCGCUUGCGGGCUCGUCAUUUUUCACCGAUUCCAAGGCACUGUCCAAUAUUUGUUGAUGCAGACGUCAUACGGAGAACAUCACUGGACGCCUCCUAAAGGUCAUGUCGAUCCUGGCGAAUCCGACAUGGAGACGGCUAUGCGCGAGACUCGGGAAGAAGCCGGCUUCGUGUCGAAUGACUUGAAAAUCUUCGAGAACGCGAAGCAAGAGAUGACGUACCAGGUGAACGGAGUGCCGAAAAUUGUGAUAUACUGGCUGGCGGAGCUGCUCAAUCCAGACAAGUCUGUAAAAAUGUCGAACGAGCACCAAGCGUUCAAGUGGUUGCCACUGCGUGAAGCGUGUGAUUUGGCAAGAUAUUCCGAGAUGCAAAAGGCUCUGAGUGAAUUUGACAAAUAUAUACGCGAGAAUCUUUUGUAAUUUUAAAUAUUAAUAAAAAUAUGAGUUCAAUAUAUGAAUAUGAGGUUGAAAGUUA